AUGGGUCGUUUCGAGGAUUUCGAGAAAAUUCUACUCUACGUGAACGCAGCUUUGGCCUAUAUUGCUAAUUUUAUCCUAAUCUAUUUUAUUCUGAAUCACAGUCGACGCCAACUCGGCACAUAUCGAUAUUUAAUGUUACUCUUUGGAGUGUUCAAUAUGGUUUUCCCGAGCAUUCACAUUUUGGUGAUGCCGAAAUUUCACAUAUACGGCUACGCAUUCGUCAAAUACCCCUCAAAUCUCUUGAUGAACACUUUUGAGCCGGCACAUUGGGCACUAGUGAUACACGGAUGCUUUUUUAUAGAGAGCCAAACCCUGCUCGCGUUUCACUUCGUUUAUCGCUACAUUCUCAUUUGCAAAAAUCAUCUCCUUUUCAUUUUCAACUCAAAGAAAUUUCUUCCGCUUCACUUGAGUAUUUGGCUAAUGAUGGGUGUUAUUUGGGGGACAAAUGCGAAAAAUUUGAUGGGAUACAAUAAUGAGUUGAAGAGUUAUGUGGGUGAAACCCUUGCCGAAACGUAUGGCUUCAACGUAAACAAGAGCGGUUUCUUAGGACUAAUGUAUCGGCACAAAGCCGUGAAGGGAGAGCAAACUUGGAACUGGACAGCACUUCUCGCAGGCGCCAUUUGCAUGUCGCAAAUCUUGACCACUUUUGGAAUCAUCAGCUUUUGUAGCUAUAAGAUUUUGACAACUUUAAAGGCAGCGGCGAUGAGCGAAAAGGUGCGCAAACUGCAAAUGGAGUUGUUUCGGGCUUUGUUAGUGCAAACGCUGAUCCCGGUCCUCUUUGAGUACAUGCCAUCAUCAAUUGUUUUCCUCGGUCCUCUUGUGAAACUCCCGAUCGGUCGUGGAUGCAAUUAUAUGUCGAUCGGGAUCUCAUUUUAUCCAUUUGUCGAUCCCCUUUGUAUUCUUUAUUUCAUUCGAGACUAUCGAAAUGCGAUUUCAAGAAUGAUACGAAAACGUCAAAUCGGUGGCUACGUGACGGAGACUUCUCUAACAAAACGGCCAUCACAAGACGCGCGAAAUGUUUUCAGCAUCAAUCGCUCGAACAGUAGCAAAACGAGAAUGAGCAGUGUCAUUGAUGGGAUUGAUGAAAGCCAAUUGAAGCCU